UCAAGAUCCGCGGAAUAAUAUUAUCUUAAACGUCAUUAUUAUCUGAAACUAUUCUCCCACUUAAAAGCGAAAAAAAAUUCAUUUAUUCGUCAGUUUUGAUUAAACUAUCGUUUCGAACGUUUUAAAGUAAAAUUACUUCCUAAUAUAUGUGUUUGAUAAUCAAUUUCUGUGACAAAGGAUGAAGAUUCCACAUCCCGGAAAAGAUAAAACCACAAGUAUUAAUAUUUUGUUGAGAUCAAAUUGAAAUUAUAUUUUUUUAAAAAAAAAUUUCUAAAAGUAACAGAUAAUUCAACUUUUGCUUAGUAAUCAUUCUUAAAAAAUUAAAAUCAAAGUCAUGUACUGAAACCAACAUCUGGUGAAAUGGAUAUAUUGAAACAAGGAUGGUUUAGUGAAAUAAAUGAACUUUGGCCGGGAAUUUCACUUUCUUUAGAAGUCAAACAAAUUCUUCAUCAUGAAAGAUCUAAAUAUCAAGACGUUCUAGUUAUUGACACUAAUUUUGACAAUAUUUUCAGAAAAGCACACGGUAGAGCAUUAAUUUUAGAUGGAAUUAUUCAAUGUGUCGAAAAAGAUGAAUUCUCAUAUCAAGAAAUGAUUGCUUUUAUGCCACUUUGUAGUCAUCCAAAUCCAAAAAAUGUUUUAAUAAUUGGCGGUGGUGAUGGUGGAGUUGCACGUGAAGUUGCAAAACAUCCAGAAGUUAUAAAUAUUACCCAAGUGGAAAUUGAUGAUAUGGUGAUAACAGUAUCAAAACAAUAUUUACCAUUUAUGGGAAAAGGCCUCGAGCAUCCAAAACUCACAUUACGCGUUGGCGAUGGUUUUGAAUUUAUGAAGCAGCAUAAAAAUGAAUUUGACAUCAUUAUCACCGAUAGUUCCGAUCCUGUUGGUCCAGCCGAAAGUCUCUUUCAUGGAUCUUAUUUUAAUCUUAUGAAAUCGGCUUUAAAACCAAAUGGAAUAAUUUGCAGUCAAGCUGGUACUGCAUGGGCCAAUUUAGAAUUUGUACAAAGAACAUUUCGUUAUUGUCAAUCAAUUUUUCCUGUUUGUUCCUAUGGAAUUGUCUCGGUUCCAACAUAUCCCACUGGUCAAAUUGGAUUCAUUUUAGGAAGCUUGAAUCCACAAACAAUUUUCAAAAAACCAGAAAAAAUAUUCACGGAUGGAGAAUUAGAUUCUAUGGAAAUUCGUUACUAUAGCGAUGGUGUUCAUCGAGCAGCAUUUGAAUUACCAAGAUUUAUUGAAAAAUCUUUAAGGCCUGAAAUUAUUAUUACCAAUACACCAUCACCAAAUGAACCAAGUCAAUGAAAUUAUAUUUUAUAUUGUAUAAACAGAUUGCAAAUAAAAUUAAUUUACUAUUUAAA